AUGAGCCAGCCACCAGCUCUGGCCAAGGCUUCGUCGAACCUGCCAGGCAAAGCCAGCAACGCCAUCGCUCAAGUCUCGCCUGGUAUAUCACGAGCCGAGUCAUUCUUCAACAACACUUCUGGAGGCCGCUUCCCAACCCCGACCCGCCCACAAGCAGCGCCACGAAACAGCCAGGCAAGCAAGCCCAAGCACAAGGCGGGGAAGAAGGGUGGCAGUGGAUUGCUGGACGACGAUGAGAGGCUCGCCAUGCAGAACAUUGGGAGACGCGGCAAGCAGGCCGAUAUCACCCACCUGAUGAAUAUUGCCUUGCCACCGCGGCCUCAGCAAAAUCAGCAUCACCGACACUCUUACAAUGCUCCGCGACGUAAUUAUGGAGCGCGUGGUGCUGGGUGGGGAAUGGGCAGUGGGUAUCAUGCUGUGGACAAGGCGCGAUACAUUCAUGCCAAUUAUCGGUUUAUCGUGACGCCACUGGGUGAUUACGCUGCCCAGGCCACCGAUGCUGACGUGCACCUGGACUGGAGUGCGGUACUGCAGGUCAUCGCCUCGCCAAUCUCACAGCAGGCUUCUUGUCCGAUUUGUCUUGGCGAGCCGGUAGCACCAAGGAUGGCGAAGUGUGGUCAUAUCUUCUGCCUGCCAUGCCUCAUUCGAUACAUGCAUAGCGACAACGAGCCAAAUCACCACGAGAAGCGGGCAAGAUGGAAGAAGUGUCCCAUCUGUGAGGACAGCAUCUACACCUCCGAGACCCGGCCAGUGCGGUGGUAUGCUGGACAAGAAGCAGACCAUCUGCAGGAGGGUUCGGAUAUCGUCCUUCGUCUGGUUCGACGGAAGGCAGGUCAUACAUUAGGUAUGCCUCGCGACGGAACCGAUGUCAUUGCUAAAGGCGAUGCCAUCCCAUGGUACUUCGCAGCGGAAGCAAUGGACUAUGCUCGUGUCAUGAAAGGCAGCGAGCAGUAUAUCAAUGAGCAGUACGAAGAAGCAAUCGCAGCGAUACGACAGCAGGAAAAAGAGGACGAAUUAAUGUUCGGUGAGGACGCUGAGUGGACAAGCCGAGCCGUGCGUACGCUUCAAGAAGCGAAGGAGAAGGUGAAGGGUAUUGGUAGCCCGCCUGAGCAGCCAAAGAAGCCUGAACAACUAGUCCAGAAAGAAGCGAGACCGCCGAUACAGUUUAAUGAUAGCGAUGAAGGAGUCCCUGACAUGUACCUUCAGCGCCAUGCGAACGACGCAGCCCUACCGCCACAAAUCAUCGAGACGCAGGAAGGUGCAGCUACUAUCGCCUCGGAUGUACCACGCACGAUUCAUGAACUGAGACAACGACAGUUCGCGCCCAAGCCCGAACCCAAUGAGUAUCUUUUCUACCAGGCCCCACUACAUUUCUACCUGAGUCCACUCGAUAUCCGCAUUCUCAAGUCAGCAUUUGGCCCAUACGCCGCUUUCCCAUCCUCAAUCCUACCUCGCGUGGAACGCAUCAGCAGCGGCCACAUCGUGGACGAUGAACUUCGUAAACGCAUCAAGUACUUGGCACAUCUGCCUUAUGGCUGUGAAGUUGGGUUUUUGGAAUGUGAUUGGACGGAUACCGUACCACCAUCUAUACUAGCUGAGUAUCAGCCCAUGCUCGAUCGUAGAAAGAAGAAGCACGAUGAAAAGGAAGCUCGUGAGGAGAAGGAACGAGUACGGAUCGAGAAAAUGGCCGAGAAAGACUUGGCACACAUCCGGCGCACUCGACACGUUCCUCCACCGCUUAGCGAAGAUCCAACUCUCUCGACAGAAUGGGAAGCUCUGCCCUCAACAGUCAGCCAUUUCUAUGAUGCCACGACCGGCGGCAACGAAGCAACCUCUCCGCCAACCGACCGUGCUGGGUUCAGCUCACUUGCUUCCCCUUCUUCUUCUCCAUCUAUGCAUCGUACAGUCUGGGGCACAGCGGCCAUCGCAUCGAAUGGUGAACCGGACUUUGCUUCGCUGCCUAUGGAUAAUGAGUUCAGUCAACGCGAUGACGGGUGGUUGCAGGGCUGGGAGAAGGAUUUGUUGGAUGGUAAUGCUGACGCACACAUAGCUGCUGAGAUGGCUUCGCUUGGGGUAGGCCCGGGAGAUGUGCUGGCUGUUGAGAAGAAGACCGGUGGAGGUGGCAAGAAGGGCGGCAAGAAGGGAAAGAAGAUCACGUUGAUGAGUACUACUGCCAGACGGGCUGCUUGA